GAAACAUUAAAAAAUUUAAACAAAUUGGAAGAUAUUACAUUGUGAUUCAAUGGAUAUCUUUGUGAGUUUUGUUGUGUUUAUCCUUUCAGUGUUAUCUGUUGAAUCUACUAUACAUAUGAAAUCCAUCAAGAUGAAACCAACAGGAUGGGAUUCUCAAUCAGAGAAUAAAUUUGCAGAAAGAAGACACAACAAUAAAAUAGAAUGUCCAAAUGGAACCGUUCCUAUUUUAAGAGCCAAGGAAAAACAUGUCAUACAAUAUCAAGAAUACCCCAUCAAUAAUUUUACCGUUCUUACAGCUAAAUAUCCGGGUACCCAUAUUGCGGGAAUGAAAGUAGUAGAAAAACAUAAUUACAGAGGCGUAGAAGCAGGGCUAAGGACUUAUAACUUGAUAAUUGAUAAAAAUCAAAGUACAAGUGCUCAAGCUUAUGUAGCCAGAGCAUUCAGUGGUGAUGCCAAUUCUAUUCAAGUUGGAUGGAUGAUCAAUGAACAACUAUUUGGCGACAAACGACCAUGGUCGUAUGGGACAUGGCUGGGGAAACAUGGAACAGGCUGUUUUAAUGUAAAAUGUCCAGGAUUUGUUCAAGUAGCCAAAAAUGGUCCAAUAAGUGUACCUCUCAAGUUUGAUUAUCUUCUCUGGCUUACUAUACAUCAGGACAAGGAAACAAAAAACUGGUGGCUUACACAAACAAAUCCAGAUGAUGAUACUAAAAAUCAUUUGGGAUAUUGGCCAAAGGAGUUGUUUAAUCUUCUAGGAGAUGGUGCUGAUUUCGUUGGAUUUGGAGGAAUGGUUUCAGGUGAUCCAAGAACUCCAAGCCCACCGAUGGGUAAUGGUCGUCUUCCAAACAAAGAUGACCGUCUAUGGUCUGGUUAUCUUGACCAUCUUACCAUAAUCCAACCGGACUAUGAACAUGCCGGAUUUAAUUACCCUAUGACAGAGCCUUUGGUGGACAGCAACGUAUGCUAUGAUGUUAAUUUAGUAGGAUAUGUUGAUCAUCAGGUUGGUAUUGCUAUGUCUUAUGGUGGUCCUGGAGGUAUUAAAUGCGGUGAUUAA